UCAGUCAGGAGCUUGUGCGCGGCCAGCCACCACGCAGUAGCGCUCGCCGCUGCGAUCAGGAUCUUGUGUACACCCAGCUGCACCACGCAGAUAACAGUUCUGCAAAAGAAACAAGGGAUGAUAUAACUUUCUGAUAGCUCUUGGACUGACUUCACAUAAAAAAAAAAAAAAAAAAAAAAAAAAAAAAAACAUUUUCAAGCAGUGACUUCAAAGACAACAGCAUGUAAACAAGACUGGAUUGUGUACUUUCAUUGAUUUAAAAAAUGUGAAACAUAUUUUGGUGAAACAUAUACUAAAACUUAUUUAUUAUUACCAACUAGUGGUAUCACAAUAGAUAUACAGAGAUGUCAACAUAAUAAAAAAAAUCAAAAGCAAUUGACAAGAAAUGAACAUUAAAAACUUUAUUAUUUUUCUUCUAAUUGUGACAUUCUUCAAAACUGUUUGCAGUCAAGAUCCUUCUGUUCAGCUACACCAUGGGACCACUAUACUUGGCGUACAGGUUUUUACGGAAUCUAGAGUUAAAGUUCAUGCAUUCUUGGGUGUACCAUAUGCACAGCCACCAACUGGAAAAUUUCGUUUUUCGCCACCACAUAAAUGGGUCGACUGGAAUCAGACGAUAAUUGCUUCUAGAUAUGCUCCUUCGUGCCCUCAACUGGUUGACAAGAAUUCUAUGUUUGAGUUCAAUCAAGAUGAAGAUUGCCUCUACCUAAAUAUUUGGGUGCCACAGGGAAGGAGCUAUGGCGACACACUUCCAACAAUAGUUUUCCUGGAGGGUGAAAACUUCGUGACAGGAUCUCCAUCGAAAUAUCCAGCACAGGACUUGGCAGCAUAUGGACAUGGCGUUAUUGUUAUAUCCAUAAGUUACAGACUGAAUAUUUUUGGUUUCUUUUGCCUGGAAGACUCGGCAGCAAGAGGCAACCUCGGCCUGCUAGACCAGUACUUCGCACUGCUGUGGGUCAGAGAGCACAUCCAGAGUUUCGGCGGCAGCAAGACUAGCAUAACCUUGAUGGGCCACUCCACUGGAGCGGCGAGUGUUGUCCUCCACAUGACCUCUUCCAGAACAAUCGGGUUGUUCCAGCGAGCAAUAGUGAUGUCCGGAAGUGCCACAUCGCCGUGGUCUGUUGGCGAGCAUCCUGCCAACUGUUCCAUGGCUGUUUCACGAAGUCUCAACUGUCUGCUUCAGCAGACUGUGGACACUCUGCGGUGUUUACAAGCCAAGUCCGCUGCAGAGAUACUGGCAGCAUUUCAGAAACAAUGCGAUGGCGGCCUGGGGCGGGCAGCCUUGUUGCCUGUGGUUGACUCAUUCCUGCCACUCGCCGACCAAUACCUGACCCGUCACCCACGCGAUGCCCUUCACAGUGGCGACUACAGACCUGUGCCAGUGCUCAGCGGCAUCGCCAGUCUGGACGGCAGUCUUGUUCUUGAUGAAAAAGAAGACCUGGCUACCCAGAGUUACCAAGAACUGCAACGAUUCUUCUCAGAAUCAGCUGUGCCAGCCAUAGUAGAAAAAUAUGGCUUCAUAAAUCAUAUUCAAGUUAUUCAAGAUAUAUUAAAAUGGAGAUAUGUAGAAAAAGCCAAAGCAGGUGAUGUUACAUCUCUACUGUCAUCAAUGUUGGAGUUCUACACGGAUGCUAAGUUCGUGGUACCACAUUUUCAACAACUAAUGUUACUUGCUCUUUCACCAGAGCCAUUGUAUGCAUACAUAUUUGAUCAGUCAACGAUUCGCCUACUUAGAAAUAAUUUUAACAUAUCAGGAGCACUGCAUGGAUCAGAACUGGUUUACCUGUUUGGACCAUCAUACUCAAUCAACUUAAAUGAGAAAAGGCUAUCAGGGCCUGAAGAAACUUUCAGCAAACUUAUGAAGAAAUACUUUACUGAUUUUGCCAGAAAGGGGCAGCCGGUAGUGGAUCAUUAUGGCCACAGCCUGCCCUGGAAGAGAGCUACACCUGUAGAAGUAAAUAAUUUUCUGUUAACAUACGAGCAGCCUCGGAUAUGUCUUCCUGUGUCCAAGCAAACUGAACUUCAAGAAGCAACAUAUAGUUUAUGGAUGGACCUUUUUAAUCGUCUACAAAACAUAACAACACUGUGCAAAAGAAAUGAUUCAGAAUCUGCCACAACAGGAUUUCAAAUUAUUUCUGAUGCUAGCCGUCCAUUUCGGAGUGCCAUGUACACUCUUAUAUGCUUCGUGACUGCUCUGCUUGUUCUGCUCGUCAUCUGCUUGGUCUUGCUGAAGAAGCGGAGCAAAGAGAGAGAGCGAGAUAUCUUCUGACACCUUCAACCGGCAACAUCCCUUUGCAGUAUUUUUGUCUGUGGCGUCAACAUCUCUGUAGAGACAAUGCGAUUUAUAUGAGUCAGCAGUGCCACAAAAUAAUAUCUGAAGAAAACAUUUCAAAAUACCAUGAGGGUGUACGUGCUAAUCAGGUUCUGCGGCAAGGUGAUUCUGCCGUUGUUGACCACAGCCUUCCGCCCAAGAGACCAUACAACACUCAGUCCUGGACCUAGGAAUGAAUAUUCCUACAAAUGAAAAAAACUGAAAUUCAGCUGUGAAUCGAACCCUGAACCUUUGGGCCCACCAACCAGUAGUCCUGACCAAUAACCAAUUUGUCAGACAAACAAGUUGAGGUGAUCAUUUGUAUAAUAUUGUAAUGUAUUGUUAAAAUAUAUUUGUAAAUACAAUUAAAACUCUUUAAUUGGAUUUUUAACUUAAAUAGAUCUAAUAAUAGAAAUUGUUUUUGUGUGCUUGUAAAUAACUAAACAUUCAUGUACGUAUUUAUUGUUAUGUGAGGUCAAGAUGAAGGAAGAGCUAAAUAAAACGGUGAUUCGUCUAAGG